AUGGACUUCAGCAACCCUCCGGUUACGACCGGCCUUGACGCCCAACACGUUACAACCAAGGGUGCUCUUCUGGGGGGAAAGAAGGCAUUUGGCGCUUGGCAGAUGCUUCCCGGCGCAAACGUGUCGCGAGUAUUGGCAAGGUCAGGAGUUGAUUGGGUCUUGGUAGACUGCGAGCAUGGGAACUUGGACGAUGGUGCCAUGCACGAUGCUGUUCCUGCAAUUGCGGCUUUAGGGGUUUCGCCCAUUGUGAGAUUGCCUGACAUGCAAGGAUGGAUGGUAAAGCGUGCACUCGACAGUGGAGCUCAUGGUAUUGUUGUGCCCUUGCUGAGAACGCCUGAAGAAGCGAGACAACUCGUGCAAUCUGCCAAGUUUCCGCCUCUAGGCCGUCGAGGUUUCGGUUCACCAAUUGCCCCAGAGCGAUUCCAUCCUGAGCCUAGUUUCUCGGAGUAUCUUCAGCAGGCAAAUGAUUCUCUCUUGACCAUUGUUCAGAUUGAGACCAAGGAGGCACUAGAGUCUAUCGACGAGAUUGCUGCCGUUGAUGGCAUCGAUGUGUUAUUCAUUGGACCGUUCGAUCUUGGAAACGCCCUCGGCCAUCCCAUUAUCGAAGGAGUCAUGGCCACGGAACUGAAAGACGCCAUUGCUAAGAUCCUUGCUGCGGGUCAGAAAGCAGGCAAAAAGACAGGCGUAUAUUGCACAGGGGGCGAGCAGGCAAAGAUAUACGCUGAUCAGGGGUUUGACAUGAUGAAUGUAGUAACCGAUUAUACGUCCCUGGGACUGGUAGCCAAAGAACAGCUCAGCUUCGCUGACGGAAGCUUGGCACCAGCCAGAGGAAAGGGCUUGGGUGCAGAGACCACAAGUUUCCCGAGUGAAGAAGGUUGCGGGAAACAGUUUACCGAUCCAGAUGAGAAGUGCGAGUACCACCCUGGUCCGCCCAUUUUCCACGAGGGGCAGAAAGGAUGGAAAUGCUGCAAGCCUCGCGUCUUGACCUUUGACGAGUUUAUGGAUAUUCCUCCUUGUACGACUGGCACACACUCAACCACCGACAAGCCGCCUCAGCUUGAGGAGAAACCCCAGCAGGAUGAUGCUGCCCUCGCCCAGAAGAUUGAUGCUCUGAACGCCGCCACUCCGUCUCGCGCACCGAUUCCAACUGCCCAGCACGCUCCUACGCCACCUCCACCUGCUCCCGAGUCGGAAGAUGAUGACCCCAGCCUUGAGAUUGCGGACGGUGUUGGCUGUAAGAGAAGGGCAUGCGGCGCAACAUACAAGAAGGGUAGCUCAAGAGAUGACGAGGAGUGUGUUCACCACCCAGGAGUACCAAUCUUCCACGAGGGGAGUAAGGGAUACUCCUGUUGCAAGAGGCGAGUGUUGGAGUUUGAUCAAUUCAUGAAGAUCGAGGGGUGCAAGACAAAGAACAGACACUUGUUUGUCGGCAGUGGUAAGAAGGAUGGCGCCAACAGUGAGGAGGUCGUCUCCAACGUCAGGCAUGACUUUUACCAGACCCCAGUCAAUGUUAUUGCAUCCUUCUUCUUGAAGAAGAUCGACAAGAGCACAGCCAAGAUCGAGUUGCAGCCAAAGCAACUUAACCUGGACCUUACAACAACCGACUCGCCUCCCAAGCGCUAUACCGCCGAAGUCCCUCUCUAUGCGUCGAUCGACCCGGAGAAGUCAUCGUAUAGAGUGCUCGGCACGAAGCUAGAAUUCGUCCUCGCCAAAUCUGACGGCACCUCGUGGCCAGUGUUGCGAGGAGACGAGGCCCUGACAGGCGAGAUUCUUCAGGUCGGCCGUGCUGGAAGGGCUUGA